AUGCCGGGGGGCGCCCGCCUGUGGCUGUGCGCGGCCGUGCUGGGCUGCCUGGCGGCGGCGAAGCCCCUCCGGAGAGUUCUUGAAUGCCAUCCUGGUGGACAUCAGAUCCUGCAGAGCCCUUACCGAAGUGUUAAUUUUGAUUCAUCCCACCUCCAGCAGUCAGCUAUUCAGGAUUUAAUAUGUGACCAUUCCCUAGCACCAGGAUGGUAUCGCUUUAUGAUUUUUGAUAAGCCUGCUGAGAUGCCAACCAAGUGUGUGGAGAUGAAUCACUGUGGUACUCAAGCCCCUGUCUGGUUGUCUCUGAAGGAGUCAGAAUCCAUGCCUCGACCUGGUGAGAUCAAGCAGCUCACAGCCUGUGCAACAUGGAAAUUUUUCUUCAGCAUGUCCAAAGACUGCUGCCUUUUUCGAAUCCCUGUCAGUGUGAGGAACUGUGGAGAUUUCUUUGUUUACUUACUACAACCCACACAAGGAUGCAUGGGUUAUUGUGCAGAAGGUGAGGUUACUCCUUCAACGUCUCCAUCUGUGUCACCACCACUACCAACCAUUCCUGAGGUUGCAGCAGAGUUGAUCAAAGGGAGUAUUUACCUGAGGUGUACCUUUGGCAUUCCUUUUGCAAACAGCUCAGUUGGAUUCAUUGUGACUUGGUCAAGACUUUCUCCUGAAGGCAUCAAAGAAGAACUGAAACAUGAGAGAACAGUUCAUACGUUCUCACUCUUAGAGUUAGAUGGGACAAGCAUCAGACUUGGAGAAAGAGUCUACUGUAGCAGUUCUGCUUUCUUCAUGGAGAGGCCAAGCAUACAUAGCAGUCCAGUUGAGAGCAAGGAAUUUUUUGCUGGCAUUAAGAUACAUCCAGAAGCGUAUGAUAUAUCAGAAGAUGGCAAGGAAUACAGACUGUCAAUAGAAAGCAGAAUCCCUGUUCCUUGUCCCGAAUUUAACCAGGUUGAAAGUGACUGCAAAAUAUCACUAAGAUUGAAUACUGUUGAUGAAGGUAAAGAACAACUAGGUUUAAACUUGGCUCUUUCUUCUUGUCAUGUGGAUCUUCUCCAGAAACCCUGUAGAAAUGGAAUCUGUAGUCAAGCAAUAAUUUACUUCACUGCUGUGACAGACUUUAUGCAGGACGGAGACAGAAUUACCAGAAUUGCAGUCGAACCAAUAUCCAGUGAGAAUUUCCUGUGGAAUGGCUAUGUUCCAGAAAGCGCAAAGAUUACUGUAAAGGAUCUACCGACUGCAUACUGCUACUCAUUUACUGACCCUCAUAUAAUAACGUUUGAUGGAAGACUCUAUGACAAUUUUAAAACAGGAACAUUUGUUCUCUAUAAGAGUACAGCUCGAGAUUUUGAAGUUCAUGUUCGCCAGUGGGAUUGUGGAAGUCUUCAAUAUCCAGCAUCCUGUAACUGUGGCUUUGUUGCCAAAGAAGGAAGUGAUAUAAUUGCAUAUGAUAUGUGCAGUAGUCAGCUACAUGAGUCACAGCCAUACUUAUCCAUAAUAAGUAGAGACACAACAGGAAGCAACUUCAGAAUCACUGAAUCCUACCUAGGAAGAAAAGUAACAGUUUUGUUUUCUUCUGGAGCUUUCAUUCGUGCUGAUGUGAGUGAAUGGGGAAUGAGCAUAACACUUAGGGCGCCCAGUUCAGAUUACAGAAAUACAAUGGGGCUCUGUGGCACCUUCGAUGGAAGUGCAGAGAAUGACUAUCACACUGCCAAUGGUGUGGAAAUUCCAAACAAUUCUGAUGCUCUUCUUUUGUUUAUAAAGGAAUGGAGAAUUCCACCAGGAGGUAGCUUGUUUGACAAGACACCUUCUUCAAUACCAUCUUCUAGGAAAACAAACUUCUGUGACUGCACAUUUGAAGAUGUUGGGUUAGAUUCAUCAGUACAUAAACUAAAGGCAUUUUCUAAAUCAGAACUUCCCGUGUCUUGUAAAGACAGUGAAAAUGGUAGAUUUCUUUCUUUGAUACCUGGACUGGAUGUCACUGCUGAGUAUCUCAUCCCUAUUGAUCUUGUCAAAGGCUUAAACAAACAUUCAUCUGUACAUGAAAUGGAUUCCGCUGCACUUCUAGAAAAGGAGGAUAAUCAAACCAAACUUCACAAAUCAUCAUUAGUAAAGCCACAUGUCUCUGCAACCUCAAAAAUAAGUUCUGAUAUGGAAAAAGAAAGAACUUCAAGCUCAGACAUUAAAAGAAUUUCUGAUGGCUACAGUAAUCAGAAAAAUCAACCUGCUACAAAUAGAAGGAAGCGCCAAAGUUAUUACAAAUAUCAUCCAGUAUUUCUAUUCCAAAAUCUAAGCCAAAUGGAUUUAGAGGCAUAUAGGUACUUUUUCCCAGAGGACCACACCACUGACAAAGACAAGAAGUUUCUUCCUUCUUGGCCCACACCUUCUGGCCUCACUGAGUCCAGUGCUCUGAGACUGUGCCAGCAGGCAGUAGCCAAUUCCAGUAUAGGAAGAGCUUGUGGUGGCCUUCUUGGUAGGAGAAUGGAAGAUGCAAUCAGUAUCUGUGUUAAAGAUUUACUGUUGAAAGAUGACCUCAGAUGGGCAGAAGCUUCAUUAGCUCUUUUAGAGAAUGAAUGUGAGAAGAGAAUUUUAGAAGAAAUAAACUACAGUCAACAGGAACUUCAGGGGUUUGUUGAGAACCUGCUUACUGUACUGAAGUGUCCCAGUCUGUGCAGUGGUAAUGGAGAAUGUACAGAAUGGGGUUGUGCAUGCUUUCAAGGCUAUGGUUCAUACGACUGCAGUAUACUGUCUGACCAAGCUCCAGAAAUAAUAGAGCUGGAAAAUGCUGGGCUAUGUGAUAUUCGUCAGUAUGACUGCACGUCAGUGAGGGCUUUUGGACAUGGCUUCAGAGAGUCAUCGAAUCUGAAGUGUGAAAUUAUCAGAUUGCAAUAUACUGAUAACCAGUGGAUUCCCGGAGAGCCUCUAAUUAUGUCAGCUGCCUUCCAAAAUGUCAGGACUGUCGACUGCGAGUUACCGAAUAACGGCCCACAGUCUGAUGUCAUGGAUCUGGUUGAUGAUAAACCCAUUGCCUGGUGGAAAAUAAAGAUUUCUAAUGAUGGAUUAACUUACAGCAAUUCUAAAACAAUGAUAAUAUAUGAUGGAGCCUGUCAGAUAUGUGAACUACAGGAAUCUGGAUUAUGUGCACUAAAGGAGAAAACAUGCAAUAUAGAUGGACUCUGUUACGGUGAAGGUGACACGAAUCCAACCAGCCCUUGCUUACUCUGCAGACCCGACACAUCAAGGUUAAGUUGGUCAGUUGUUGAAAACAACCAGCCUCCUGUGCUUGAAACUUUUCAGGGUAUGCUACAGACUUUUUAUGGAGAAGAUUUUGUAUAUCAGUUUUUGGCUUCAGAUCCAGAGGGCUCUGCUAUUCUUUUCACAUUGGAGUCUGGUCCUGAAGGUGCCAGUCUUUCCCCAUCAGGUCUCCUUUUGUGGAAAGCUGUGUCAAAGAAUCCCCAUAAAUUAACAUUUUCUUUGACAGAUGACUGCAAUGCGGAGACUAAGGUAGAAAUAGAGAUCAGAGUAAAUUCAUGUGAUUGCCUGAAUAAUGGCUCAUGUGUGACAAACAUUAAUUUCCCACCUGGAAGUGGGAGAUACCUUUGUGUGUGUGUGGCUGGAUUUGAAGGUGAUCUCUGUCAAGUGAAUACUGAUGACUGCAAACUCAACCAGUGUGGUACUGGCAAAUGUGUAGAUGGAAUAAACAGCUAUUACUGCGAAUGCCCACCUGAACUUCAAGAAACCUUUGACGACAUUUACGUUAAAAGAAAAGAUUUCAUAGGGGAAGCUGGAGAGAAUAAAGGUUUUGAACAGCCAUCAUUUGACAAGGUCUUGAGCUCUGUUCCCAGUUCUAUAGAUGUCCCCCGAAGAUUUAUUUCUAUAGAAAUGGACAAUACUAGUACUCCAUCACUCUCCAGACCAAAAACAAUCACCACUGAGAAGUCAUAUAAUUCUCAGAGAAGUGCUUCUGUACAACCAGAUGUAUCUGAAAACAUUGCUCAUGCUGUUGGUAGCAGUAGUGGACACCUUACUGACACAGAAGGGGCUUCUCCAGAAAACACAGUGAUUACAGCUUCUUCAAGGGGCCAUGCUCUAUCAGCUAAGAAGAAAACAAGGACGCGAGUUGAGGCCUACAGUCAUUGGGAGACUGGCAAGAAGGCUUCUCUUAGCAGUUCAGUGAAUACAAGCAAAGGGCUUUCUUCGUCACACAAAAUAUUUAAAGGUGGAAAUGCUCACAGAGUUCAGCACUUGUUAGCCAAGCGUAGAAUGAAUCCUUUACUUUUUGCUCUUGCUGAAGUGACUAUCCCACCAGAAAUGCUUCCUGAAGAUUCAGAUGAAAUAGUACUUCCUAAAGCAAUAACCUGUGCUGAACUACCUUGUUUUCCUGGAGUACCUUGUGAGCCCAGUCAGGAUGAUGGAGUCAAGUGUGGUCGUUGUCCCUAUGGUUACUAUGGAGAUGGCUUCAAUUGUAGAGCAAUAUGUAGACAAACAUGUGGCAAAAAUAUGGAGUGUGUGGAACCAAAUAUUUGCAAAUGCAAGCCUGGUUAUGCUGGUUAUAACUGCCAGACAGCAUUAUGCAGACCUGAUUGUAAAAACCAUGGAAAAUGCAUUAAGCCCAAUGUCUGUGAAUGUCUACCAGGUUACAGCGGCUCCACUUGUGAAGAAGCGCACUGUAAACCACCCUGUAAAAAUGGAGGCACAUGCUUGGCCGGAAAUCUCUGUACCUGCCCCUAUGGUUUUGUAGGACCAAGAUGUGAUACAAUGAUUUGCAACAGGCACUGUGAAAAUGGUGGUGAAUGUCUCACUCCAGACAUCUGCCAGUGUAGAUCUGGAUGGUACGGACCAACGUGCAGUACAGCGAUGUGUGACCCUGUAUGUCUCAAUGGUGGCUCCUGUACUAAACCAGGUGUAUGCCUCUGUCCACAUGGAUUUUAUGGAACCCAAUGUCAGAAUGCUGUCUGCAGGCCGCCUUGCAAGAAUGGUGGCCACUGUAUGAGAAACAACAUUUGUACUUGUCCUGAUGGUUAUACAGGCAGAAGAUGUGAAAAAAGUGUCUGUGAGCCAAGGUGCAUGAAUGGAGGAAGGUGUGUAGGGCCCAAUGUGUGCUCUUGUCCUUCAGGGUGGAGUGGAAAAAAAUGUAACACACCAGUCUGUCUUCAGGAAUGUAAGAAUGGUGGAGAGUGCAUUGGACCCAGUACUUGUCAUUGUCCUCCACAGUGGGAAGGAAUCCAGUGUCAAACACCUGUGUGCAAUCAGAAGUGCCUGUUUGGAGGCAAGUGUGUGUCACCUAAUGUGUGCUCCUGCCGUCCUGGUUAUACUGGAGUCCUCUGUGGGAAGAAAGUUCAGUACUUUGCCAGAGUCUUUUAA